UGAACCAUCUCGCUACAGUUGUACACUCUCUGAGCACUUCAACCAAUCACAAUGAGCUGUCGUGUCCAAGAGCAGUCUACGGCAAGCGACUUGGCACACAAAACUUGUGACUCACCGUUAUAUGCUGUCAUCCGACGCGUAUCAUUUAAGUGUGCACGGAGCCAGGUGGAGAUACAAUUACCUUCAAUAUGAGUGGCAGUUCUGUUGUGCACUGUGGAGGUCUGCUCCUCCUCCUCCUCCUGUCCUGCUGUCUGCUGUGUGUUAAUUCUCAGGUGGACCAGCAGCAGCCCCUCGUCGUAGAGAGCGCAGCUCACAUAACGGGCCAUGGUCACGGCCGCCUGGACAGAAACAUGGUCCAGGACAAAGACCACAUCAUGGAGCAUCUGGAGGGAGUGAUAGACAAACCGGAGACGGACAUGACACCCCAGGAGCUUCAGCUCCACUACUUCAAGAUGCACGAUUACGACGGAAACAACCUCUUGGACGGGCUGGAGCUCGCCACAGCUAUCACACAUGUACACAGAGAGGAGAGGGGAGAGAACAGCCAGCCAAUGAAAGAGGAGGACCUCAUUACUCUCAUCGACGACGUUCUGAGGGACGACGACAAGAACAACGACGGUUAUAUAGAUUAUGCAGAAUUCGCCAAAUCACUGGAGUAGAGCGUCGCCACGUUUUGUUCAUUUCCACACCAACAGCGAGGGAUCUGCCCAGAAGAGAGGAGCCAGUACACGUGGGUGAACUCAAACUCAGAAGCUGCAGCGCAGUGGGGAAGACCAUCAUUUAAUCUUUUCUCUCUCACAGGCGAUCGAUCGGAAUUAUUGGUAAUUUAACAAGAUUUUUUUGUAAAUUCUCUGCUUCAGACGGAUGAAAAGCAGGAGCAGAUUUGAAGAAGGUUAUACAAGUAAUUUGAUAAACUAUAAUAAAAAAAAAGGUGGAACUCAUAAUUCCUCUUUUAAAUUGCUUACGAUACGAAUGAAAAGGAGCAGUUCACUCAAUAUCACUAUCAACCAUCUAGUUUGAACCUUAGGCUUAAAGCUUAAAUUGUAUUUUUCUUUGGGGACUUAUUUUCUACCAAUGUUUAGCUGCCAAUGUGGACUGUCCAUGUAAAACUGUGCUGUGUAAAUGUCGGUCACGCACUCGGAUGAACUAGUCUACACUCGCUGUCUGAUACUCACUUUGGACCAAAUGAUUCUGUGAAUCCAUUUCAUUUUUCCGUUUUGUGAUGAGGAUGAGGAGGCGAUUGGGUCGUGAUAACAGAAAGUGGCCUUGCUCAGAUGUUUAGCCUGUGUGUAUAGAGUAGAAAACUUUGUUAGAAACCGAUGAGGCGGCUUUGUAACUUUGUAAGUGUUUUGUUGGGGGGGGGUUUGAAAGAGACCCAUGGUUUGAAGCAGAGCAACAUGACUCUAAAUGUUGCCAGCAGAUUGGCUCCAGUUGCCAUCAUCUUCCCUGCAGUCGGUCAGCUAGCAGAUCCCUGACAUGAACCUGUUGUCUUUAAGUGAAUGUAAAUUGGCGAUUCUGAUUCUUUAUCGCCAUGAUAAGCUAGACGUGAAGCACACUGGUUGACGCUGCAUGAAGCCACUUUUUUGUUUUUUGUUUAAGAAAAAAAAACAGUGGCUUCCUGGUUCUACAGGAAAGCACUUGUUCACAGCUCCUGUGCUAAAGAUAUUAGCUGCCUUUAAAAGAUACUGUAACUAUUAUUUUUUUUUGCCUAGUUUAAAAUGUGCCUGUUGGAAACGCGGCCUUGUUGCAAAAGAAUAGACUAAUGGGGGUAAUGGGUUAUAUGUCCAAACUAAGAACGUAUCACAAAUUUUAAUAUAUGAGGUGUUAGGGUUUAGAGUCCUGAGAACAGCUCAUCCAAAAUAUUUCACAAGCGUUUUUUUGGCGCUUCCCAGAAAUACACCCGCCAAAUUUGAAGACAAUCGGAUUACCUGCUGUCGAAAAACUAAAAAUAUUUAAAGGAAGGAUAAAGAGAUUUUCUGGAUUUAUUAGUACGAUGAGGAUUCAACACUUCAGGUCUCUCUGUGUGUGCGUGCGUGCGUGCGUGCGUGUGUGUGUGUGUGUGUGUGUGUGUGUGUGUGUGUGUGUGUGUGUGCGUGCGUGCGUGCGUGUGUGUGUGUGUGUACACACUUGUUGAAUACAACUGUGAUUUUCUUCUCAAGUUUGAUUUUUCAUAUGGAUGAAUUAUAUUUGCGCCAUCCAUUAUUGUUUCUUCAAUCAUUUCAGGUUGUUGAAGGCAAAUAUUGAAAAUAUGAAGAAAAAAACAGAAAGCAGAUGCAACUUGUCUCUGGUUUUGUGAAAUAUUAAAGGAGUAUAUAAUCUACAGA